UUCAUUCGUCUGCUCUCUUCAACCACCGCAGAAGUAUCUGAGCGAAACGGCAGAAGAUGGGAGCUCUCAGAGAUAAUUCGUAUCUGCAUGCAAUGGAGGAAAUAUAUUUGAAACCUGAUAACCCAACAUCUUCAACAAAUCACACGGGUCGAAGGAGCUCUAAGAGGAGUUUCUGUUUAGUUGGUAUUCUCUCUCUUUGCCUGUUGGGUGCUUUCCUGCUGGUUCGACUGAUCACUUUUGGUAUUUACUAUCAUAACUGCUUACAUGAUUCAGCUGAUCAUCUGGCAGAAAUAAAGAAACAACUUUCUUCAAUGACUGAGGAGAGAGACCUGCUGACUGAAAAGACCAAAGAGCUGAAAACGCUGCUAUGUUUCUCCAAUCAGUACAAAACAUGUCCUGUAGGAUGGAACAAGUUCAAUCAUAGAUGCUAUCUCCAAUCGGAAAGGUCUGAUUCGUGGGAUGCAGCCAGAAAGAACUGCACAGACGAAGAAGCCGAUCUGAUAGUCAUUGACAGCCCUGAAGAAAAGACUUUCCUCUCUACAAUCAUCAAUGAACAAACUUGGAUUGGUUUGAAUGACAAAGAACAGGAGGGAACAUGGAAAUGGGUAGAUGGUACUCCACCGACUCUGAUGCACUGGGCAUCGAGUCAACCUGAUGAUGGUGGAGAUGAGGACUGUGCUUUUGUCAGGAAUCACGGCAAAACUUCUUGGAUGGAUUUUCGAUGUUCAGCUUCUUUUCAUUGGAUCUGUGAAAAAACACUAAACUGCAAAAAUACAUGUUCUGAAGGAUGGAGCAAGUUCAACUGUAGCUGCUAUAUCCGGUCUCAAAGCUCUGGUUCCUGGGAUGCAGCCAGAAAGGACUGCAGAGACAGAGGAGCAGAUCUCAUGGUUGUUGACAGCCCUGAAGAACAGACCUUUCUCUCUACGAUCACCACAAAAAGAGUUUGGCUUGGUUUGACUGACGAAGAACAGGAGGGAACAUGGAAAUGGGUGGAUGGAACUCCACUGACUCUGUCGUACUGGGGAUCGACUCAACCUAAUAAUGGUGGAGAAGAGGACUGUGCUCAUGUCUAUAGUGGUGAGGACAUGAGCAUGAAUGACCUUUCAUGCUCAACUUCUCUUAAAUGGAUCUGUGAAAAAGCACCAAACUACUGUACCGUUUCUUGAAGAUUUUUUACUUGUUACUUCAGUGGAGACUUUCAGAGA